AUGGCUAGAAGCAUCAUAAUUUUAUUUGGCUGUGCAUCGUUGGUUGCUUUGGUGCUCCUGCUGAGCCAGAGUAAAAAGCUUUUGAGCAGCCGAGCUAAUGAAUCAAAUGAAUUAGCGAUGUCGACCACCAAUUACACACAUGCAGCUGCUCGGGAAGGCGGUCCCUUUGACGAUGACUCGAUGGCUUCAGCGCGUCAGCAGCUUUUGUUGCUGCAUCGUCAGAAGCGGUAUCUGGUGUUUCCCGAGGGCAGCUCUUUCCAGCUGGUCUUUGAUUUAAUCAUACCCAUUGUGGACUACACCAAUUUCGCUAUUCUGGGCAUCACAUGCGCCGUGGCCUGGGAGCUGCCCAGCAAGCCGCCCAGCGAGCUGCUGGAGAACCUGCGCACCCGCCUCAACGAUGGCACACUGGGCACAGUGCGGCGCACCGACAGCGUCCAGCAGGAGACGGUCGUCAUGGCGGAGACCAGCAAUAUUCGAACCCCCAUUAAUUGGCAGGCUAUGCACGCGCCACCAACAUCGGUGUCUGCAGCUGCAGCGUCCACAUAUGCCUCCAAUGUCCACAACUAUCCGUACCAUACGACGAAUGUGCGGGACGGCGCGGGCACUUCCGCUUAUGCAAAUUCGCCUAAUGGACAACAGCAUGCAGGGAGGCCGACUAAUUGGCAUGCGCGACAGUCAAUACCAAAGUGGCGACAGUGGGCAGCUGCCCCCACCUCCCGCCCACCACUACGCGGCAGCAACGACCGCUGGUCAGACAAUUGGUGGCAGCGCAACAAAGACAGGGUGCAGCAGAAUUGGCGCAGAAAGCAGCAACAGUGGAGCUUCUAUCAGCAGCCAACGUGGAGCACCUAUGGGCAGCCAAUGCAAAGACAAGAGUACAGCAACAGCUACGCACAGCGCCCACGUCAGGUGCUGCAGCGACCACCCGAGCACCACAUUUAUCCCGUAUUCGGGAGGCGGCGGCGACGACGACGAGAUGUGCCAGAUCAGCUAGCAAAGGAUGACAUCGUUGAGCGCCUGCACCUGCAGCAGCAUCUGAGCUCGCGAGGACUGCUCUUUGGCAAGAUCGAACGGCUGUAUAAAACGCGACAGCUUAAUGGGACAGCAUGCAUUCAGCGAGCACUUUGCGAAUCGGCCCAACGUCUGGGACAGACGAUGACAGCUUCAGCUGAGCCCCAGAGCUUUAUUAUGGAGCUGGUGUCUGCCAUCUUUCAAUUGCCGAGCGACAAUGAAGCCGCCGAAGUGCUGCUGCGGCACAUCCCCCCACAUUAUGUGGAAGCGCAUCAGCAGCAAGGAAACUGUCGACAAAUUUAUGCCGGCUGCACUCACACAUUUUGGAUGCAAUAA